ACUGCACAGAGCAAAUCCAAAGCCUGCAGUGCCUGAUCGCGCUAACUCAAAGAUCCAUAAGGGCAAUAUCAAACUCUCGGCUCUUCGGGGAGGACAAACUGGAACUCAGCGAGGGCAACCUCAAAAAGAUCCCGCACUGGACAAGUGAGCAAGGGGUCACAUUCUAUGAGGGGAAUUCAGGCAUAGAAGAAGAAGAGAAGAAGAAAAGAAAGAAGAAGAAAAAAUAAAUCCUCUUCAGCAGAGCAGCAGCUGGUCCCGAGCUUGAAAGCAGGAGAGGGGAGAGCGGCUGGACGGCGGAAAAGGAGCAGAGAAAAGUGACUGGAAUGAUAAGAUGAGAAGCAGGCGUGUGCUGCUGAAGCCGCCCCCACACGAGGCCCUUCUGGAACUCCUGCUCGUGUUGCUGCUGGCGCUGCACGCCCUAGCCGUGUGCCCCUCCAUGUGCUCCUGCGGCCACAGCCACAGGGAGGUGGACUGCUCGUGGAGGGGCCUGAGACAUCUUCCCGAUGGCCUGCAGCACAACACGCGCUCCCUCAACUUGUCCCACAACCGACUUCACGACCUGGACGGACAGCUCACCGCGUACACCCACCUCCGCUUCUUGGAUUUGUCUCACAACCGGCUGAGCCGCCUGCCCACCGGCUUGCCUCGUUCCCUCUGGCAGCUGCACGCUGCCUCCAACCGCCUCCAGCUGCUGGACAAGAACGACACGGUCCACCAGUGGAACCUGCGGCUGCUUGACCUCUCGGACAACAAGCUGGAGCGGGCCAUCUUCAUCAACAACACGCUGAUCAACCUGCGCACGCUCAACCUGAGCCACAAUCACUUCUGGACUUUGCCCACCAACAUGCCUGCGCACCUGGAGAACGUCGACCUGUCCCACAACUUGCUCGUGAAGGUGCUGCCGGGUUCUCUGGACCGGCUCCUCCGACUAACUCACUUCUAUCUGCAUGCCAACCGCUUUCCCACGCUGCCAUUUGGAGUUUUUGACAAGAUGAAGUCUCUUAGAGUCGUCACUCUGGGCGACAACCCUUGGGCCUGUCACCUUUAUGCCGACAUCACCUACUUACUGUCCUGGACGCAGCAUACGCCUGCCCGCGUCCUGGGCUGCCCCUGCCACACCCAGCCUGUCUGUGGAGGGGUGCGCCCUGGCAGUACUGGAGGGUGGCACUUUGCCUCCUACAACCUGCCCCCCCUUGCAGCGAGUGCCCAGGACCUGACCUCCAUGCCCCCUGAGGCCAGCGUCACCCUGUGGUGGUACUCGUCUGGUUCUUCCCUGCAAAGCACCCCGCACAACCCUAAAGAGGCCUUGACCACGCAGCACCACCCUCUCACAGCCACACCCAUCGGCACCUACACCCCGCGACCCAGAAGCGCGGGCACACAGCUAACUAUGAAUCCCCUCUCUGCAUCUGCUGGCCCAGCUGCCGCAGACCACGUGUUCCACACUGAUUCCGCUGACUCACGCCACGCCGGCGUUACUGAAACGGCCAUCAGGCCUGACAUGACGCUGGCCACGGACCAGUUCUUUACAACGGAGAGCCCCUCCAUCCAGACGAAGAAGACAACCACUCUUCGCACCAGGAGCGUGAGGAGGAAGAAUCAGUCCGUUCCCAGCGGCAUCAACAAUGGCGGCCCGACACCGGCGACUCGCUCCUCGUACCCUUUCCUCCACAACCUGGGGCUUCUGUCUCUCGUUCUGCAACGAGUCCUCUGAAAGACAAAAAAAAACAGCUGUGAAUUAUGAGCACAAACAAGACUGCUGACUGUUGUAGUACUUUCAUGUUUAUAUAUUACCCACUUUCCAAGCAAAAAGGUCAUUUAGAAUACAAAGUUUAACAAUUCCUGCUAUUCUCAGUAUGGUAUGAUGUUGCUUUUAUAAUAAUUGGCCCAACACUUUUUACAAGCCUCCACUCAAAUGAAAAAAAUAACAUUGUAAUGAAUAUAGCUCAGCACAUGAUGGCACUAUACAUCCAGGUACCAGUUUCUUAUGUAACUGAAUGUAGCCUGGUGCUCAUGUGCAACUACAGUAUAACUAUUUCAAUGCUAUCAAGUACACAAUAGGACCUACAAAUUAUUAUUUUUUUCCCUUUUUUUUUGAAAUGUUGGCUGUAUUUGUGUGAGAUGUUGCUUUGGUCAUAUCUUUUUGAAAGUUAUUGCACUGGCUUUAAAAAAGGUAUGGCACUCAAAACUUAUUUAGACUCUUUUGCCAAUUUCAAUAGAUAUCCUUGAUGCCUGCUUACUUGUUUCAUGUAACAAACCAUACCACUCACCAGAGGAGAGAUCUUUUCCGGGCACAGGGUGUGUGUAUAUGUAAGAAACUGGUCAUGCCACGCGCAUAACAGGGACCAACGGGGGACUCUGUGGGACAAACGAGCAAUGUUGCAUCACUAUCUUUAACAAACUCCGAGUGCCAAGUACCGCGUCUGUAUUUCGAUCACACCUCAAACUUAAGUGUCCUUCAUGAUUCAGUGAUGCUCGUGAAAAUGAUCUGCAUGGUGAUUGAACGCUCCAGGAAUGCUAACCUAUACUGCAAUAUUGCCGCAGAGCAUUAAAGCACAGACUUUGGAAGAAACACAGUGGAACACACUUCCAUUGGGCGAUUUCUUUAAAUAAAACUGAUAUCUACUA